CAUCCUAACUGUCAACUCAAGGGUUCAACAAUGUCUGAUGAUUACAAGCCAGCUGUCAUGCCUCCCUCGGCAGAGGCAAAGCCCAAAUGCAAGAUUUCAGCCUCCCGCAAGCUCUCAUUGAAGAUCCUCUUGCUGGCCCGUGCAUCGGAAGAGCUGGAGGCCGAGAAGGCAGCAAGAGAAGAAGAGAAGGUUCGCUACCUGGGAGAGAAGCUUCCACCGCUGCAGCUCACUGGUUUAAACAUGGAGGAACUUCACAAGCUCUGUCAGCAAAUUCACACAAAGAUUGAUACGGUGGAUGAGGAACGGUACGACUGUGAGGCCAAAGUCUUCAAGAACAACAGAGAUAUCAAUGAAUUGAAUCUAAAGGUGCAGGACCUCGGAGGCAAGUUCAAGAAGCCGGCUCUGAGGAAGGUGAGAGUGUCAGCAGAUGAGAUGAUGAGAGCACUCUUUGGAUCCAGAACCAAGGAAUCCAUGGACCUGAGGGCAAACCUCAAGUCUGUAAAGAAAGAGGACAUCAAACAAGAGAAGGAGCUGAACAUGGAGGUGGGUGACUGGCGCAAGAACGUGGAGGCCAUGUCUGGUAUGGAGGGCAGGAAGAAGAUGUUUGAUGCAUGAUGUUAGGGAGUAAGAACUGAAUUAAAAUUGGAAUAAUCAAUAUAAUAUCACAAAAAUGCAUGAUUUUAAAAAAGUGAAAAAUGAAAAAAAGAAGAAAAUGAAAGCAUGCCUGGAAGAGUCAUUCUUGAUGAGGCUCAGCAGUGAAAUAUAAAGAGUGCAGUGACGUGCUGUACACUUGCCUCACUUAAUGCACUGGACGUCUUUGCCAGUGAGUUGUUUCUGUGUUUAAAAGCUGCCUCUGUUUUGGUAGAAGUGUAAUAAUACACACAGCUUUUAAGUCACUGUAGUUUUUAUUCUGUUCUCAAAUAGACCAUUUGUAAACUAGCAUUAUGAAUACACAGUAUAU